UUUGCUAACCGUUUGGAAGGGUACCGGUUAACUGAAACUGAUAAAUGCCCAGAACUGGCUAUUGCCGAGGUGCUGGCCACGCAUCAAUCGGCAGUUGCUGAACAACUUGCGCUACGCUCGCUUGGAUUCGUACAAAUCGCCGUGCUCUUAUCAGUUGCCAACAUGGAAGGCGGACCCACAACACAAUUCGAUAAAUAUACAAAAAUAUGGAGUGGACCAAGGCCGGCGCACUUCUUUGACGCCGACUGUUCCAUUGGCAAAAUUCUGUUUGCCUUUAUGCGCAAUCAUCCAGCCAGUCUAUGUCAGAUUUCCGACACAGAGGGAACAGCACUGACCAAUGGCGAGGCAAUCAGCUUUGCCAUACGGAUUGCACAGCAUCUGAAGGCCCUGGGUCUGAGGGCAGACGAUGUCGUUGGUAUAGCUGGCACUAAUACCACAUACUUAAUGCCCGUUGUGCUGGGCUGCCUCCUCAAUGGCACGCCAUUUCAUGCUGUUAGUCCCUGGCACGACGAAGCCACAUUUAAGCAUUUGUUUUGCAUAACUCGCCCCAGGCUUAUCUUUUGUGACGGCUUGGUCUAUGAGAGACUCGGGGUUGUGGCCAAAAUGCUUAAGGCUCCGGUGUAUACGCUCAAGGACCAUCGCCUGCAGCUGCCGCGCAUUGAGGAUCUCUUGGAACCUACCAAAAGUGAGCUCAACUAUGUACCUGAAUCGCUGUUGCUGGGCGGUGAUCAAACUGUGGCCAUACUUUGCACAUCCGGUACUACGGGUCUCCCUAAGGCAGUCUGCAUAUCGAACUCCGCCUGCCUCUUUGAUUUCGGCUUUGUUACCGGCCAAGAUGUGUUGCUCUCAUUCAGCACCAUUGAUUGGGCACCGGGCAUGUUCAACAUGCUCUAUAGCUGCUGCCAUGGCUCAACACGGGUCAUCACCGAUCGCGCCUAUUCGCCGGAAUAUAUGCUCCAGCUGAUAGAGAGAUAUAAGGUCACGCUUCUAACCUUGGCACCUCAGCAGGUGGCAUCGUUGUUAAAUACGCCCACACUUAGCCAGAAUAGAUUGGCUAGUGUGAGAUUUAUAAGCAUUGGUGGCGGCAAUUGUUAUGUAGCCAAUUUACUGAAACUACAGGACUAUCUACUGAAUGGACAAAUGUCCUAUGGAUAUGCUUUGACUGAAUGCGGAGGAGUGGCUGCAAAUAUGGGCGUGGCAAAGCCCUCAUCGGUUGGCCGAAUAGUACCAGGAGUGAAGGUGAAAAUUCUCGAUGAUGCCGGACGUAGUUUGGGUCACGGCGAAACAGGUGAGAUUCUAGUGCACAACAGCAAAGUGUGGAACGGAUACUAUGGCAAUCCGAAUGAAUCGAAACACAUACAGGACUACCAGGGUUGGUUCCAUACCGGCGACAUGGGCUACUUUGACAAUGAGAAUUUCUUGCACAUUGUGGAACGCAAGGGGGAUAUGCUGCGCUUCCAUGGCGCUCAAUACUGUCCCCAUGAGCUGGAGCAGGUCAUUGCCGAGCUACCUGAUGUCAUCGAGGCCUGUGUCUUUGGUCUCUGGAACGAAGUGGACGGUGAUCCAGCGGCUGCUGCUGUUGUCAAGGUACCCGGCAGUCGGCUAAGUGAAAUGGAUAUUGUCGAGUAUGUGGCGAAGCGUCUGGUUGUCACCCACAAGCAGCUCCAUUGUGGCGUCUUCUUUCUCUCCGAGCUACCCAAAACGGGCAGCGGAAAAGUCCUGCGUCAACAGGCACGUGAUCAGGCGUUGGGCAAAAAGUGGUCGGACUAUCGCAAUGGACACGGGCACUAGCGAUUGCUAUUUAGACUUAACUAAUGGUAGACAUUUAGAUAUUUAGGUGACUCACACAUUCCUGAAUUCACAAACUGAUUGAAUGGUUGUUAUUGUUGUUGGUGUCGACGAAACGAAGCGAAUCGAAUAGCGCCCAAAAGUUGUUUUAGAUAGUCGAAAGUAUUCAUUCUGGCUUUGUUUUUCGCAUUAUCGCAUGCUUAUCAAAGAGAAUACGAUUAACAACCAGCAUGUGAAGAACGACGGCAGUUUGAGGAGUUGAGCAAAGUAAACACCAUAAAACAAAAAAAAAAAACUCCAAUUUAAGAGACUGUGAUUCGUGAGUUCUGACUCUUAGGUUGACU